UGUUUCCUUGCAGGUAACCAUGCUUGACAGAGGAAAAACAAUGAUUCCAAGCACCACCCUCCUUUUGAAGUUCCCAGUCUGUUAUUCAAACUCAAUCAGCAUGACAGAGUGAUCUCCAGCCUUGUCCUCGUCAACACACACCUGUGUUAAUGAGAGAAUCACUGACAUUAUGUCAACUGGUCCUUUUGUGGCAGGGCUGAAAUGCAGUGAAAAUGUUUUUGGGGGAUUCAGUUAAUUUUCAUGGCAAAGAGGGACUUUGCAAUUAAUUGCAUUUCAUCUGAUCACUCUUCAUAACAUUCUGGAGUAUAUGCAAAUUGCCAUCAUACAAACUGAGGCAGCAGACUGAAAAUUAAUAUUUGUGUCAUUCUCAAAAACCUUUGGCCACGACUGUACAACAUGUUUGCAUGGUUGGGCCCGUGGAUAAACAGUCGAAAGCUUUAUGCUGAAAAAUGUUUAUAGCAACCAGAAGGAUGUAAAGGAGUUGGUUAGUGGAAUGAUGGAGACUCCCAACCAGAAGGAUGUAAAGGAGUUGGUUAGUGGAAUGAUGGAGACUCCCAACCAGAAGGAUGUAAAGGAGUUGGUUAGUGGAAUGAUGGAGACUCCCAACCAGAAGGAUGUAAAGGAGUUGGUUAGUGGAAUGAUGGAGACUCCCAACCAGAAGGAUGUAAAGGAGUUGGUUAGUGGAAUGAUGGAGAGCCCAACCAGAAGAAUGUAAAGGAGUUGGUUAGUGGAAUGAUGGAGACUCCCAACCAGAAGGAUGUAAAGGAGUUGGUUAGUGGAAUGAUGGAGACUCCCAACCAGAAGGAUGUAAAGGAGUUGGUUAGUGGAAUGAUGGAGACUCCCAACCAGAAGGAUGUAAAGGAGUUGGUUAGUGGAAUGAUGGAGACUCCCAACCAGAAGGAUGUAAAGGAGUUGGUUAGUGGAAUGAUGGAGACUCCCAACCAGAAGGAUGUAAAGGAGUUGGUUAGUGGAAUGAUGAAGACUCUCAACCUUCACAUGUAUAGAGGCUUUGUUCCUUGUUCAAAAGCAGAACGCAAAGGUAUGACAAGGAAUCAGGAAAUAUGGACACUCACUAUCAAGAAAACAACCUGAUAUCUUCUGUAACCUACCUGUUUGCUGCUGGUACUGACACCACAAGGACAACCCUUCGAUGGGGUCUGAUGCUUAUGGACAAGUGUAACCAUACAUUACAGGUUCCCAAAUGAGAUGAGCAGGGUCAUAAGAAGUCAUCAGGCCUUCGUAGAACACAGGAAGAACCUGCCCUACACUGAUGCAGUGAUCCAUGAGACCCAAAGACUGGCCAACAUUGUACCCAUGUCCAUCCCUCACACCACCAGCCGAGACAUCACCUUCCAGGGAUACUUCAUCAAAAAGGGGACUGAUGUGUUACCUCUGCUGACGUCUGUCCUGCGAGAUGAGAGCGAAUGGAAGAGCCCUCACACCUUUAACCCCGACCACUUUCUGGAUGAGGAAGGUCGAUUCGUCAUUAAGGAUGCCUUCAUGCCCUUCUCUGCAGACCGGGUCCAAGAGGAGAUAAGCAGAGUCAUAGGAAGUCGUCAGGCCUUGGUAGAGGACAGGAAGAACCUGCCCUACACUGAUGCAGUGAUCCAUGAGACCCAAAGACUGGCCAACAUUGUACCCAUGUCCAUCCCUCACACCACCAGCCAAGACAUCACCUUCCAAGGCUCCAUCAGGAAGGUCGUAGGGUGUGUCUCGGAGAGAGUCUGGUCAGGAUGGAGCUCUUCCUUUUCUAUGGUCCUCAUGCUGUCUUCCUCAUCUUCCUCUUUCAGGUCGUAGGGUGUGUCUCGGAGAGAGUCUGGUCAGGAUGGAGCUCUUCCUUUUCUAUGGUCCUCAUGCUGUCUUCCUCAUCUUCAUCUUCCAGGUCGUAGGGUGUGUCUAGGAGAUAGUCUGGUCAGGAUGGAGCUCUUCCUUUUCUAUUGUCCUCAUGCUGUCUUCCUCAUCUUCCUCUUCCAGGACGUAGGGUGUGUCUAGGAGAGAGUCUGGCCAGGAUAGAGCUCUUCCUUUUCUAUUGUCCUCAUGCUCUCUUCCUCAUCUUCCUC